GACCCUACAACAUGGGCCUCUAUUCGUACUAUACAUAUGGCUUGCCCUCUUUCCUCAUAGUGGUGAUUGCACUGUACCUGCUUUUCACUGAUUCGGGUGAAGCGUUCAACGUAGGCCGGUUCCUUGAAGAGACAAGCCCAUUUGUGUGGGCAUCACUGGGAGUUGGACUGUGUAUUGGAUUGAGCGUGCUUGGCGCGGGAUGGGGAAUCUUCGUUACUGGCUCGUCCAUUCUCGGAGGCGGUGUUCGUGCACCACGCAUCAGGACCAAGAACUUGAUCAGUAUUAUUUUCUGUGAAGUUGUGGCUAUCUAUGGUGUCAUCAUUGGUAUUGUGUACUCCGCUAAGAUCACCAACAUCCCUGACCUGCAGCUCUACACACGAGAGAACUAUUUCACCGGCUUCGCACUGUUUUGGGGAGGCCUGACAGUAGGGGCAUGUAACCUACUUUGCGGUAUUUGUGUAGGAAUCACGGGUUCGACUGCUGCUUUAGCCGACGCAGCCGACCCUAAUCUGUUCGUUAAGAUACUUAUUGUGGAGGUCUUCGGCAGUAUCCUCGGGCUAUUUGGUCUCAUUGUGGGUCUACUCAUGGUCAGCAACGCCAACGAGUUCAGGGAAGCGUCUACGGGUCUUGCCUCCACUCCUAUUGGCAACAUCACUCUCAGUGCCAUCAUGCCGUAGAGAAACGCAGUCAUCUGGAACAGCCAAUAUACCUGAGCAUUCACCUGUGUAUCUAGAGAUCUCGCAUGCCCUGCCCACCAAGACAUCCUUAAUACAACGCUGUCAUAGCUAUGCUUAAAU